AUGUGGUUAGUAAGACAACAACAGUAUUUUAUGUAUGUAUGGGAUCGAUCUAUCAGUCUAAAUUUGACAUUUCUGAACCACACAGGAAGACGUAAGAGUUGUGACACAUCGAGUGAAAUGCCAAGGGUACAAUGUCGAGAACGUUAUCAGUUGCCUGUGAAAUUUGAUUUCCGUGUCUGGUUUCCCAUGCAUAUGUCUGUACAGUUGAAACGUAUGAUUGGUAAAUUGAGAACAGUUGAUCUUAUCAUUGAAGUACAUGAUGCUCGAGUGCCAAUCACUGGACGUAAUCCUCAGUUUUAUUCGUCUUUAUAUGCCGUAAGACCACAUAUUCUUGUAAUGAAUAAAAUGGAUCUUAUUAAUGAGAAUUUAAGAAAACCAAUCGAAGAUUAUUAUCGUGAUAACGGUAUAACGAAUUUAGUAUGGACAAACUGUAAAAAACGUCUCAAGAAACCACUCGUAGACUUACAAAAUAUGAUGUUACGAUGUCUUCGUGAAGAACCACGUUUCAAUCGAACCGUAAAGACAGAAUACCAGGUUAUGAUAGUAGGCAUUCCUAAUGUUGGCAAAUCGUCACUGAUUAACUCACUACGACUAACCAAUCUUGGGAAUAAUCAGAAGGCUGUUGAGGAAGGUAGUAGACCAGGAGUAACAGUACGUGUUCAAAAUCGUGUACGAAUUUUUGAUCAACCACCAAUAUAUAUAGUGGACACACCGGGAGUAUUGAAUCCAUUAGCACGAGAUGCAGAUGGUGCAAUGAAAUUGGCAUUGUGCAAUCUAAUCUUGGAAAGUGCUACACAAAUUCACUAUGUUGCUGACUAUCUGCUGUACUGGUUAAACAAGACAGGCGAUUAUUCUUAUGUCGAAAUUUUCAAUCUAAAAGAUGGACCAUCGGAUAACAUACAGAAAGUGUUGUUGGAUAUUUGUCAGUCUAAUGAUAUUCGUUUUCAAAGCUAUAUUGCUGGACAACGAGUCGAACGGUGGGAUAUUGAUAGAGGAGCUAAAUCGUUCACUGAUAUGUUUCGCAACAACAAACUACGUAAUCACUGUUUAGAUAUUGAUCUUUUACAGGAUUAUACGAAUAAAGAUGAAUAA